AAACCAAAAGCUAGGAAUGGCUUUCAAACAUGGCCAUAGCUUUCUUAUCUCUGUGGGUCUUCUCCUUUUUCUCGUAGCGGCCAAAGCAGACGUAGCCCCUCGACGCCCCAUCGAUGUCGUAAGACGAAGCAGCUUUUCUAAAAACUUCGUUUUUGGCUCAGCAUCAGCUGCUUAUCAGUUUGAAGGUGCUGCUUUUGAGGAUAGUAAAGGGCCAAGUAUUUGGGAUAAUUUCACUCACCAACACCCAGAGAAAAUUUAUGAUCAUAGCAAUGGAGAUGUAGCUCUCGAUCAGUACCAUCGCUAUAAGGAAGAUGUUGCCAUUCUGAAGAAAAUGGGUUUCAACGCAUAUCGAUUCUCAAUUGCUUGGUCUCGAGUUUUGCCGAAGGGAAAACUUAGUGGGGGAGUGAACAAGAAAGGAAUUGAGUACUACAACAACCUCAUCAAUGAACUACUUAGAAAUGGCAUCCAACCCUUUGUCACCCUUUUUCAUUGGGACACUCCCCAAGCUUUAGAAGAUGAAUAUGGAGGUUUCUUAGGCCGUCAAAUUGUGAAUGAUUACCGAGACUAUGCUGAACUUUGCUUCAAAGAGUUCGGAGAUCGAGUUAAACAUUGGAUCACUCUUAACGAGCCAUGGAGCUUCAGCAUGGGAGGCUAUGCCCAAGGAGCCAAUGCUCCUGGUAGAUGUUCUUCUUGGCAACCAUACAAAUGUCUUGGUGGAGAUUCUGGCACUGAACCAUACAUUGUUGGCCAUCAUCAACUUCUUGCUCAUGCAGCUGCCGUCAAAGUUUACAAAACCAAAUAUCAGGCAUAUCAAAAGGGUGUGAUUGGUAUCACAUUAGUGACAGUUUGGUAUACUCCAAACUCAAAUAGUGAGGCCGACAAAAAGGCUGCAAUUCGAGCUCUUGAUUUUGCUCUUGGCUGGUACUUGCAUCCAAUAACCUAUGGAGAUUAUCCACCUAUCAUGAGGGAACUCGUGAAGGAGAGAUUACCCAAAUUUUCAGCUGCAGAAAGUGCUUCAAUCAAAGGGUCACUUGAUUUCCUUGGAUUGAAUUACUACACAGCUAACUAUGCCAAAGACAACCCCAAUGCACCAGGACAACAACCAAGCUACUUGACCGAUUAUCGUGCAGAUCUCUCGACUGAUCGUAACGGAGUCUCAAUUGGUCCAAAGUUUAGUGAGGUAUCUUGGCUCGCUGUCUAUCCACAAGGACUUAAAGAACUACUGAUCUACACGAAGACCAAGUACAACGAUCCAUUGAUCUAUAUCACCGAGAAUGGGUAUCUCGAAAUCGAAGGUCCCACAUUUGAGGAAUUGAUCAACGACAAGGCUAGAGUCAAAUACCAUCACGAUCAUCUUUACAAUCUUAACGAAGCAAUCAAGGCUGGCGUGAAGGUAAAAGGAUACUUUGCAUGGUCAUUUUUGGACAACUUUGAAUGGGCGAGUGGAUACGCGGUUCGGUUUGGCCUUAACUACAUUGAUUACAAGAACAAUUUGAAGAGAAUUCCAAAGCUCUCAGCCAAAUGGUUCGAAAAUUUCCUCAAAACUUGAAGAUGAUCCAUGAUGUUUCCCCUCUUAUUCAAUGAAUUUUCAUGUCUUUUGUUGAUUAUGGGAUAUGCUAGUGAAGUAGCUAAGAAAUGUCC